GGAAAAUUAGAGAAAAAAUGGCAUUUAUUUUGGUCCAGUUACUAUGAAAAAUUAAUGUGGAGAACAUCAGGUGUGAGAAAAAAAUGGCUUGGCAGCUAAUGAUCACUAAAGAGGCUACAAGUUAUUAAGAGAGCAAAAUGUAAAUUUAAAAAGAAAAUAUACUGUAUGACCGUCAGAACAGAAUGGUGAAAGGAGAGCAUUGCUCGAAAAUGGAGAAACAGGUCGCUCAAGAGUUGUGUAGUCAUUUUUAGAAAACCUGGACUGAGAGACUGACAUAUUGUAAAAUAACCAUAUUGAGUAAAGAAUGAAGAGAAGGUGACUGCCCUUUCUUAAAUACACACAAAAUGAAAGCAUAGGGUUGCUGAAAUAGUAGAUGGAGCAGAGGAAGAAUGCUAACAAAAGAUUAUGAAAUAGAGAAUGCCCCACUCGCCCCAAAUUGUGCAUCAAUCAUGUUCACUACACAAUACUGGAAGAAUAUGGUAGAUGGUCCAGACGUAUCAAUCUAACCAGUUCCUCUACGAGAAACUUCAUGUUCAUAUGAAGCCCCCUCCUACACUAUAAUUCCAUGCCCGUGCUUUUCAGCCAAGGAGAUUUUUGAGUCCAUUUUUAGAAGCAAGUGAUCAGACAAACUGGGUUAUGUCAGAAGGUACUUGAGCAGCAGUAUAACCAGUGGUGGGAUUCAAGUAAUUUAACAACCGGUUCUCUGCCCUAAUGAUUUCUUCCAACAACCAGUUUGCCAAACUAAUCAGAAAGUUAACAACCGGUUCUCCCGAAGUGGUGCGAACUGGCUGAAUCCCACCACUGCAUAUAACUAUAUCCAAAAUCUGGUUGUUCAACUUCCUGGGGAAAAAUGGACUUAAUGUGAGAUUGGAAUUUGCCACUUCUCUGAAUGAGCCUUAGAGACGGGGAACCUGACUUCAAGCCAUGAUUUAAACACUGAUUCCUUUUCUAUAAAAUGGACAUAAUAUCCUGAGUUAUGUUCAUGGAUAAAUACAUAAGCAGCCUCCCUGCCAGCUUCCUUCUGCUCCCAGAAAUAUUUGAGUCUGAUUUAAUAUCUGUCCUGGUUUUAUCAUUUGCAGAAGGAAGUUCUAAGACAAGACAAUGGAUUACUCCAGUCAGGAUUCUGCCCCACAAUACAUAGAGUCCUCUCAUUUGCAAGGAAAUGAUGAUUCAGACCUUUUCUUUACAAGUCCUGAGGGAGUUGAUUGCAAUGCUGUGCCCACAUAUUUCUCUCGUAUGCCUGAAUCCUACAGACACUCUCCAGUGCGGCAAUUAUACCCUCUUCUCAAUGGUUUGCAAUGGGGGGACAGCCAUUCCUACAGCACAGCAGCCUGGGUCUCCAGUGCUUCUGGGAAAACCCACACGGGACUUCCUAUCUACACCACUGCCACAUCCUCCUACCACACCCUGCAUUCACCACCCUCUCCCAAGGACCUUUCCCCCGACGGCAAGAGCAGCCCCAGAUAUUUGGAGAUGUUGAAGACAGAACGGAUCAGCCCCACUCAUGCUGAACUGAUGCCCCUCGGGACCUCGACUGGCACAGCCCUAAGUCCUUACACUAUGGGACAGGAGUAUGGAUAUUUCCCGAUGCCUGGAAGCCCCCUGACAGCUGGAUAUUCCCCCAAACUCCGAGGGACAAUGCAGCUCUCCCCCAGCGAGGCACGUGAGUGUGUGAACUGUGGAGCCACAGCCACCCCACUGUGGAGAAGAGAUGGCACUGGCCACUAUCUUUGCAAUGCCUGUGGGCUCUACCACAAGAUGAAUGGACAGAAUCGGCCCCUGAUUCGGCCCAAGAAACGCCUGAUUGUCAGCAAGCGAGCUGGAACCCAGUGUAGUAAUUGCCAAACUACGACCACAACUCUUUGGCGCCGCAACAUGAAUGGAGAACCCGUAUGCAAUGCCUGUGGCCUCUAUUACAAACUGCACAAUGUGAAUCGCCCCUUGGCAAUGCGCAAGGAUGGGAUCCAAACACGGAACCGCAAGGUCUCUUCUGCCAAAUCCAAAAAGCGCAAAGGAAAUCCUGGGGAAACCACAAUCCCCGCAAACACACCCUUGGAGAUGAUGCCCUCUUCCUUGAUGGGGGAAGAAGCUGCUGCCCUCUAUCCUCUCAGCCCCAUGAUGCUACCAGGACAUUUGCUCCCCUUUGGAGCCAAUCCUCACUUUCUAGGAUCUCCAGCAAGUUUUCCUCCACAGGCUUCCCCCGUCCCACAUGGUUCUCCAGGUGUGGUCUCCGCUCUGGUGUAAACAGCCUUGUAGCCUGUGCACGCACACACACACUUUUAUGUACAGAGACUUUGGAAACACAAGCAGGGAGAAGAGUCUCCUAAACAAGGAUAGCCUUUUGGCAUAGCUCUAUUAACAGUUUGGGCCCUUGAAAAUGGUCCCUGGGGGUGAGAACUGAGAUUCCCCCAGGUUAUCAAAGCAGACAGAAAGUACAGUAACAGUGGGGUAAUUCAUAUAAAUAGUAGAAGAGAUGGUGAUAAAGGGGCAAAACCAUGAGGGAAAAAAAUUAGGCUCAAAUUCUGGUUCCCAGGAUCAAUAUUUUUAUGUGUGAAAGUUGAACUGUUCGUUAGUUUCUUAAUCCAGAAAGUCCUCAAAGUUUUGCCAUUAUACCCCUUCAUCAACUGUUCAUGCCAAUUCGAAUGCAGACUGAAGUAAGGCAAUAAUGCUCUAAUAAUCCAACUUGCUACCCACCCCCCAAUCUGUAAAUAACCAGCUCCAUGACUAUUUUCUUUCCUAUCCACUCCAAGAUACGCAUUGUAACCCAGAUGAGUAUUUCUGACCCCAGAAACAAUCUGUACCUGCUUCUCCUUACAACUAAGUAUUUCUUCACACGUGACAUUUGUGAAAGCACUGUGGAUGUGAGUGGAUGUUUCACCCUGACUACAUGGCUAUAGAUGUAUCCCAAGAAUUUCUCCACCAUCAGCUCCACUAUUGUCCACUGUUGGCUCAUUGAAUUGGUCCAUCAUCAGCAGGAAGCACAAUUUUGAACACCACCAUUGACUUCAUAUUUGGAAGUCUGACAGAUACAGAUCUCCAAUCUGUUGCUUGUAAAAAUUAGGGACUUACUGACUCCAGUUGCCACCUGAUGGAGAACUGAUCCUGCCUUUUUCAUUUAGCCAUUCACUUUGGUUCUAUUUUAACUUCACUCUAUAUGAUCAAGCCUGUGUUACUUUCCAUAUGUGACAAAUCUUGGACAUUGUAGAAAGACCAUUUUGAAGGAACGUCCUCCCAAAGGUUAAAGCCUAUUUGUCCUCACAAUUUUCAUUCCAAGGACUCGCUUCUCAAAUGCACAUUUUGUGCAUCAGCGGUGUAUUUUGUCCCAUCUUUAUUUGAAAUAGGGCUCCACUUUAAAACUGCUUAUCCCAGCAAUAGUUCUGAACCAAGAAAUGGACUGGUGAUCUUUUUGUGGCCCUUUUUAAAAGGUCAGUGAUACGUUUUGAAUCUAUGAAGGAGGAAACAUUUCUUAACCGUUUAAACAUAACUAAUCUGAAUAAUAGCUCUUUCUUUUUAGCCCAUUUCCUACCAAUGAGAAAAAUAUAUGCUUUCUUUGUGAAUAGAAAAUUCACUUAGAUAAACUAGACCAAAGUUUACUCACAAUUAUUUGCAAGAAUCUUAACUCCCAACAGUUAGCUGGCAAUUUUGUGAUCCCCUCAAAUUUUCCCAUAGAUUCAUUUCAUUUCAUUUCUUUCUUUCUUUCUUUCUUUCUCUUUCUUUCUUUCUUUCUUUCUUUCUUUUUCUUUCUGUUUCCUUCCUCCCCCCUCCUUCCCUCUUUCUUUCUUUCUUUCUUUCUUUCUUUCUUUCUUUCUUUCUUUCUUUCUUUCUUUCUUUCUUUUCUAUGUCUUCUCCCUCAUCCUUUUAUUUUCAUGCCAGCCAAUUCAUAAACACAUCUGUCCAAUAUCACUAUAUUCUUCCCUUGAAUGAGUUAUUUUACUGUACUCUCACCUCUGAAACACUGCAGUAGAGGAAAAGAGAGGACAUAUUGUGUUCUGGCUAGGAUAUUUACAGGAUUUGCCUCUUAUUUUUUACUCCAAUCUCUUUGCCAGAUUUACAUAUUUGCUGGGUUUAUAUAUUUCUAUGGACUUUCCCUUCUAUAUUAACAACAGAGGGACAAGGUUGAAAUGCAUUUUCUUCAGAGGCGACUUCAACACGAUAUGAAGAAAGUUCCCCCAAAGAAUGACCGUUUUCGCUUAAGUGUCUUUGAAAAUUAUUUGUACCAUUAAAUGUAUGUUUUAAAUAAAAUCUCAUGGAGAAAUGGGAA